AUGCCGUAAAGUGCUGCAAUUUUGCAAUGUUUUAUUUGGGGUGUUGAAUCCGUCCUUCUCCAGCCAAAAUACGUCCCCCAGGUACAACUCCACAAGUGAGGUGGAGUUGCUGCCAUGGAGGUGGCCACCCUCCCUAUGGAGCUAUGGAGGGUUAUCUUGUCCUACCUCCCACUGCCCGACCUGGGUCGCUGUUGCUUGGUCUGCCAUGCCUGGAGAGAACUCGUCCUAUCACUAGAUAACACUCGCUGGAAACAGCUCUGCCUGGGCUGCCCAGAGUGCCGCCACCCCAACUGGCCGAGUCAACCCCACCUUGAGCCGGCGUCCUGGAGGGAGGCCCUGAAGCAGCAUGCCCUGGCCAGCCGCACCUGGACCCAGAACGGGGUGGAGCUUCAGUCCUCCGCCUGCCUCCACCUCUUCCGUCGGAGAAAGGAUCGGCGGGUUUUGCACGUAGGGGUUGGUUGUGAAUUUGAAACCUUGCGAGGGGCCCUGGGAGCGGCAGGCCCAUAUGACCGGGUGGUCCUUCACCCUGGGGUUUACGAGGAGCAGGCGGAACUCGCGCUGAAGGUGCCUGUGGAGCUUGUGGGACUGGGCCAGCUGGGCGAGGUGUCCCUGCUGGUGUGUGUGGAGCAGCAGUGCCCUACAGCCAGGCUGUGCAAUCUGGUGUUCAUGCCAGCAUGGUUCUCCACUGUGGUGUACAAGACGUCGUGGGGGCACGUCCAGCUGGACAACUGUAACUUUGAGGGGGCUCAGCUGCAGGUCCGGGGCCCAGGGACCUGCCAGGCGCGCUUUUGCUCCUUCUCACAUGGGGGCUCGGCCAAUUUCCUGGGGGUUGCGCUCAGCUUAUUGGAUAGCUGUGACUUCUCAGGAAGUGACGCUGCCUCUGUCACUGUGGACGGCUCCCCAGUGUCCGAGAGGAACUGGGCUUGCAAACACUUGGCAGCUUUGGCCAGAACACUGACGUCUGAGGGCUCUCCCACCAACGGAGUCCCACCCAGAGGCAGCUGGGGGAAGGGGAACGCUGAGGUGGGCUCAACGUUUACUGCAGAGGACUGGGGCAAGGCCGCAUGGCAGCGGAGCACCGGAGCGCCCCUGAUCGGUCAGGACACGGUGAUCGAGGAUGGCUGGGGCGAGGACAGACUCUGUGACGGAGAGCUCAAGAGCCACGAACAAGGAAACAAUCAGGCUUCGUGGGACUACAAACUCGCCUGUGAUCGUCACAGCCUCGCCCCCCUCCUCAAGCCCCAACCCGAUGGCUCCCUGCCCCCAGCCUCUUCCCCCGACCCCCACUACGUUAUCCCCGGUCUUCUCUCUCUGUCGCAGGAGCUGCAACGAGACCCGGAGGCCCAGCUAUUAGCCACAUCCAUCCAGGGCUGUUUUGUGAGGAGAUGUGUCUUCAGGGACGGGAAGGGCGGAGUGCACAUUUGUAACUACGGUCAGGCGCGGCUGGAGGAAAACGUGUUCCGUGGUCUCAACUAUGCCGUCCGCUGUAUCCAGAAUUCCACUAUAGUGAUGUUACGUAAUGAAGUGAGGGAGUGCAGUGCCUCGGGCGUGUUCCUUCGUCUCUCUGCUCAUGGGCUCAUUGCCGAAAACAACAUCCACUCCAAUGGGGAGGCAGGACUGGAUAUCCGCAAAGGGGCCAACCCCAUAAUCCUGUGUAACAGAAUACACAGUGGUUUGCGUUCUGGAGUGGUUGUCCUUGGCAAUGGCAAGGGGUCUAUCCGGAGCAACCAGAUCUAUAACAACAAGGAGGCGGGCGUCUAUAUUCUCUUCAGUGGGAAUCCUGUUGUCAGUGGGAAUCAUAUUUUCCAGGGUCAAGCAGCAGGAAUUGCUGUGAAUGAGAAUGGCAGAGGGAUGAUAAUAGAAAAUGUGAUCAGAGAGAACCAGUGGGGGGGUGCAGACAUCCGCAGAGGGGGAGACCCGGUCCUUAGAAACAACUACAUCUGCUACGGCUACUCUGAUGGCGUGGUGGUGGGAGAGCGAGGCCGCGGGCUCAUAGAGGGAAACCACAUCUACUGUAACAAGGGCUGCGGUGUAUGGGUCAUGGCCUCAAGUCUCCCUCAACUGCUGGCAAACUACAUAACCCACAAUCGCAUCUAUGGGCUGGCUGUAUUCUGCCGGAAGGACCCUGAAAACAGGGAGCCGAGAGUUGGUGAUGGGGCUGUCCAGGAAUGGGGAGGGGAGAGGAGAGGAGGAGGAGGAGACGGAGCAAGGCGAGGCGGCGCGCAGGAGAACUUUAACGACGACGGGGAGAUCUUUGCCUGGGAGAACGAUCUGGACAGUGAGGACGAGCGCUACUCGGCACGGCGGUCCAUCAGCGUGGCGCUGGUGGAGGGCAACUGUAUGAGCCACAAUGGAGCUGUCGGCCUGUACGUGAAGACCAGUGAGCCUCUGAAUGUCAUUGGAAACCUUUUGAACAGCAACUGUGCGGCUGGCAUCGCCGUCCUGCAGAGCACUCAGCUGACCCGUCUGGUGGCCAACUGUACGCUCGACAACAGCCUGGGUGGGGUCACCGUUGAGAAGGACUGCCGGGUGGAGCUGCGUGGCAACGGUAUCUAUGACAACAAAGGCCACGGCGUCAGUUUCUGUGGCGAUGGGCAGAUCGGUGAGAACGAUGUGGUUGGUAACCGUGGAAACGGGAUUCAAGUCUCCAGCAAUGCAGAUGUGAAGGUGCUGCAUAACCGCGUCCAACCAUCACAGGGAGGCGGGGCCAUCGUGGUGCUUGGGCCAGUAAAGGGAGUUAUCGGGGACAAUGUCCUGUUCCAGGGCCACCCGGGAAACAAAGAAGCACUUCUACACAUGGACCCCAGCAAUGAGAGCUGUGUGUUGAAUAACAACAUCAUUCUGCAACAUACCAACAGCUGUCCGUCACACACUCUGUGGGCCUUGGAGAACCCCUCGGCCCGCCCUCUGGCCGACUCCACGUCCGGGCCCUCGGCGUCGGGGUACUCCUCCCGCCUCACCAUCUCCAUGACGGCCCGGAUCAGCGCCACCGUGGAGAGCGGCUGCCACAACAGCGGCAGCAUGUUCUGCUCCAUCCUUUGAACGCCAAUGCUCACAGUAAUAACUACACUGCGUGCCUGUUAUAAACAUGGCACACACGAGGACUGAUGACAAGCCGUCGACGCUGGUGACAAUGUUCAUACCGCUGGACUGGACGGCUCCUAAAGGUCACGGCUAAAGGGUAAAAAAGAAACGAGGUCGACAGCAGGUGUAGAUGAUCCCGCUUGUAUUUCCAUUCUUCACAUUCCAAUGCAGGGUACAAAUGUAAAGAGAAAACUCACUACAGGUUACAGCGUUUUACUUUUUAACCGUUUCAAAUGUUGCAAUUUGAAGGCCAUGUUUUUCGUUCACGUUAUCUGUAAUGCACUUUUGAAAAACAUGGAACAUAGUUCCUAAGUGAGCUUAGUAAGUCACAGGAGCUUGGGAGAUGGGUAGAGAAUUCAUAUAUAUAGAUAGGCCAAGUUUUAACUAUUUAAACCGGCCUGCAAUGGUCGGAGGACGGUUAUUUUUAAUGUGUAUAUGAAAAGGGAAAAUCAAUACAAACAUCGCCUACAACCAAUGCACAGAAGCUGUUCUUUUAGUCAAUCUAUUAUUUUGUUCUAAAGCUAUUUACGCCCAUAUUUUGCCGGUAAUGUUUAUGACUAUCUCACAAAAAUAGUUGCCCAAAGAUUGCCAAUUCUUUAUAUAUACUUCGUCCCACGGUCUCAUAAGCAAAAUAAGGUUAGGGGCAAGUGCUUUGAAAUUGUGACAAACUCUUGACAGUAUAAUAGUAGUAUAAUAUCAGUAUAUAUUAUAUAUAUAAUUUUAUAUUAUAUAUAUAUAUUAUUCAGUAUAAUAUCCACAUGUACUGGGAUGGUAAGAAUCCACCAGGCGUUUGUGAGAGGUAUUACAAGCCAUUUCAAAAUCUGCCGUGCAACAUCAAGUGAUCAGCCUACCAGCCUCACUCCCACUUGCAAUUACAGGACAGGGCAGAUUUGUUUGUGUCACCAUUCAAUACAUGUGUACUGUCAUUAAGGUUUUCAACAAAGCAACAACAGUCCAUUAUUUACAUCUCAUUUUUUGUACGACGUUUAAGAAGACAAAUGUAUAAUCUACAAAAUGCUUUAUAUGUUUUAUUUUGAUGAAAUACAGUAGAUUUGUUUCAAAGUGUGAUGUACUCUUUGACUUGCACCUCUUUCUCCCUCUUCUGUAAUUCUUCCUCUACUCUCUUUUUUUCUUAAAACUCCUAUCCAGCUUGGCUUUAUAUUUGACCAGAGGGAGAACCAGAGUGGCGAAUUUGUGGUCCUCUGCUGGGUCAAGCUUCGCUCCUUUGACGCGGGCAGGCUUUAUGAGAGUCAGUCCCAGUGAUUUGGCAACCUCCAUUAUCCUGAAAGAUAAAAACAAAAAGUUAAUUAAACUGAAUAAUGACUUCCUGUCAAACUUUUUGAUCAAGUAGGAGGGAGAACCCGAUUUUUCAUAGCUUUGUGGAGUGGGCCAGUCUGGCUGCUUCACAAUUUUUUUUUCAAAAUCAGUUGGCCAUGUAGAUUAGAAUGCUGUGCCUCUGCACCGGUUUAGCUGCAGAAUCUCAGAUCCAGGAGUUCUAUGUUACAGCACAACUUCUUGGGUCAAGAUCUCCUGGGUCGGAAACGAAAAAACUGCAAGGGGCGGAGUUACGACUUGUUUCUUGUUUUGUUACGGAGACAUUCUACCAAAGAAAACGAUUGUUUUAAAGUUUUGCUUUCAGAAGAGUACCUUAAAAAGUAUUUAUUUAUGCGGUUGCCAGUCCAAGAGGGUGGCCGUUUGAACUGUUUACUAGUGCUGGCCUAGUUUGUGUUCGCAAUUUACGUGCUCACAGAUCCACGCCUCCAGCAACGUGACGGGCAAAAAAAAUAUGACGCCAUGAAUACAUGUAACCAACCGUCCCCCCAGUUUUGAGGUUGCCUGCCAUCACUUUAGAUAUUAAUCUAAAGCCAGAUUUUGUGAGCGAACAGCACACUUACCACAUCUCCUUGACUAACAGGUCUCGCUGCAGCAGCGUCAGGUUCACCGACAUGAAACCCAUGUGUAGCUGCAGUGCGAGGCAGUAGGCUGCAAUCUUCGCACGCAUGGACGGGGACACUUGGUUAUUCAGACUGCAAGGAAAUGGGAAAGACGUCUGUGUUAAGAUUUGGGUUUAAUCAAAUAAAUAGAUUAUUGAUGUACAUUCUGGACUGACGGCUUAGAAAUAGGCCCAGAGCUAUACAUGUACUGUACCACGUGGGCAGACAAAAGUGAAUAAAAAGAUGCUGUCAUACCGGCCUUUCCAAAAGGUCUCCACAGUAAAGGUCUUGAAGAUUUUUCUCCGGAGAUCGAAGGUGCACCCUUCAUUCUGGCCAACUGGAAUACAGUGAACAGGAAAAAUAAGAAAAUGCAUGUAUGGGCAAAAAUAACUGGCACCAUUGACAUGUAUUUAAUUGUCAUCAAGCACUCACAUUUGCCAUUAACCCUUCCCGCUCGAUACAGCUGCAAGAGCAGGUAGAGGUAGGCACAGCAGCGCAACAUCUUCUCCCUGGCAUCCUUUCCACUCGGUAGAGAUUCCAUAUGCUUAACGAUGCUCAAACUGUUGCAUGAAAAAAAAAAAAAAGUAAGGCUUAUCAAGAAUCAGUCACCGUCUAUUAGGCAGCCAUCAUGCUUUAGAGAGGGAGGGAGACAGAAUCCUACCAUUUGCCAUCCUUCAAUGUCUGCAGACCCUCUUCUGCCAGAGCAGCCAUUUGGGAACCAGCUACAGCCAACUCUUCAUAAUCCGCCGGGGACAAGACUAGCAAACAAUGAAAGGAAAACAACGUAUAUGCAGCAGCUUUUAGAACACGUACGAUGGAGAUG